AUGGCACCUACCAAGCAGGAGCUCUCCCUGCUCAUCAAUCCUCUUGUGCCUGAGGCUGUCCAGCACAACAAUCGCGUCCUCUCCUCCCUCCACAGCUUAACCUCCUUCCUCCUCGGCCUCUCCGCCGGAAUUCUAGCCCUGCAAUCAACCUACGGCUUCGCCUUCUACUUCCUUGGCACAAUCCUAGUAUCAGGACUCUUCCACGCCGUGCUGAUCCACCGCUCCGGCGGUGCAGGCGCCGGCUCGUACUUCCCCGGAAGCAACACCGGUGAGAUCGAGGGUGUUCUCGAGAUGGAUAAGAACCAGACUGUGCGCAUGCAGCUUGGGGGAAAGCCUGGUUCCAGGAAGAUUCUGCGCAAGGGUGCUUGGAGGGACGUUUGGUUUGGUGGUGGUGUUAUGAGUGAGGCACUUAGCGGAUUCGUUCUUGGGUGGGCUGGUGUCGGUGGUGUUUUGCGGUAA